ACGAAGUAUUGGUUGCAUACAUAAACAUCACUAAACAGUGUUGAACCUGCUAAACAGUGUCAAAUUACCUAUCGAGUUUAAGUAAAUAUAAUCAUUUAAGAAGAGAAUUGCAUUUAGUCUUUCUGUAUCUGUGUUUGUGAUUGCAAUAUAAAUCUUAAGGAAAGGAAGAAAUGUGAUGUAUUGAAAUUAAACUAGAGAAAAUGCUGCUGAAAAUUCCACUGCCCAAUUCACCAACAUGCUACAAGAACUUCUUCAUAUCAAUCAUACUACUGAUUGUAAUUAUUUACAUUUACCAAUUGACCACAUACACCAAAGUUAAUUUAGUUUACUAUGACAAAGUGCGUUUGGUCAAUCUGCAUAAGUUGCCAGUGAAAUUACUUGAGGACUCUGUAAAGAAACCAGCAAUUCUGAAUAAGAAAUGCACUUACUGGGAUUGCUUUAAUCUGUACAGAUGUGGGAACACUGGGCAUGAUCGUAUUACAGUAUAUGUGUAUCCACUGAAGAAGUACCUGGAUGGCAGAGAUGCAAGCUCUGUCAUCUCCAAAGAAUAUUAUCGAAUAUUAGAAGCUGUGAUAGAUUCCAAAUAUUACACUGCCAAUCCAAAUGAAGCUUGCCUGUUUGUGCCCUCAGUGGACACAUUGAGUCAAGACAAUUUGCAGACCAACUUCACCACAAAGAUUUUGAAUAACCUGGAAUACUGGUCAGGAGGAGAGAAUCAUUUAAUUUACAACAUGAUUGCUGGAAAAGCACCCGAAUUUUCACCAGUUGUUGAACUUGAUGUUGGCAAUGCCAUGAUUGCUGGUGCAGACUUUGAUACAUUCACAUUCCGGACAGGAUUUGACAUUUCCAUUCCAAUUUUCAGUCCAGUCUUGAAAUUGGCUGAGGAACCUGAAAUUAAUUACAACCGACCAUGGUUCUUAACUUCAUCUCAGAUAAGUAUAGAUCCACUAUAUAUGCAAGAACUUGAAGAUUUGCAAGCCAAAACCUCGAAUAUUUUGAUAUUGGACUCGUGCUAUUACCAUAACUACACGAAGCGAUGCGAAAUCAGCACGAAUCAACCGUACGACUAUCCACAGAUUUUGCAGAAGAGCACGUUUUGCACGAUCUUCAGAGGCGAACGAAUGGGACAGACCGCUUUAUUGGAGUCGAUGGCAGCUGGCUGUAUCCCCGUGAUCAUGAUGGACAGUCCUAUAAUGCCCUUUAACGAUGUCCUAGACUGGAAGCGGGCUGCAAUCUUCAUACUUGAAGAUCACAUAGAUAAUACAAUGACUGUGUUGAGGAAGAUAACGCCACAGCAUGUUAGAGAAAUGCAAAAGCAUGUGCGUUUCCUGUACAAUACAUAUUUCUCUUCUUUCAAGCAAAUUGUUGAGACCAGCUUGGAUAUCAUUCAGGACAGAGUGUUUCCACAAUGGGGACGAGUUUACGAUGACUGGAACGUUUCUCCAGACGAUAGAACUUCGAAUCCGCUUUUCCUUCCUAUUACAGCACCAAGGGCCCAAGGUUUCACAGCUGUAAUAUUGACAUACGAUCGUCUCGAAAGUCUCUUUAUUUUGAUCGAAAAAAUCUCGAAAGUUCCAAGUUUGAUGAAGAUUGUUGUAGUGUGGAAUCACCAGAGAAAAGCACCGCCUGCGUUAUCCAAAUUUCCACAAAUUGCCAAACCAAUUUCGGUAAUAAGAACCAAGGCUAAUAAACUGUCCAAUAGAUUCUUGCCAUACGAAGAGAUUGAAACUGAAGCAAUACUAUCCAUUGAUGAUGAUAUAGUGAUGUUAACAUCUGAUGAGCUCGAGUUCGGCUACGAAGUUUGGCGCGAGUUCCCGGACCGUAUCGUUGGAUUUCCGUCAAGGACUCACAUUUGGGACAACGUCACUAAAAGCUGGAAGUACGAAUCUGAAUGGACCAACGAAAUUUCAAUGGUUCUCACCGGUGCCGCCUUCUACCACAAGUAUUGGAAUUACUUGUACACAACGGCGCUGCCAACGGGUGUUAAAAAUUGGGUCGAUGAUCAUAUGAAUUGCGAAGACAUCGCUAUGAACUUUCUCGUUGCGAAUAUAACGAAUAAGCCACCUAUAAAGGUUGCACCUAGAAAGAAAUUUAAAUGUCCGGAAUGCACCAACAACGAGAUGCUUUCAGCCGAUUUGGGCCACAUGGUGGAGAGGUCGCAGUGCGUGGACUUCUUCACGAAAGCUUUCGGAAGGAUGCCUUUGCAGUCGGUCGAAUUUAGAGCUGAUCCUGUUCUUUACAAAGAUCCAUUCCCCGAGAAACUCAAACGCUUCAACAACAUUGGGAGCUUGUAAAUAGUAAUGUGAUAAUGUAUAUAGGUUUAGAAGAAUUAUUUUUUAUUUGUAUAUUGAAACCGUUUAUA